GUACUAUUAAACAGCAACUCUGCUAAAGUUUCUAUUAAAUUUUUUUAUGGGCAACCCAAUUUGUUGCGUGAAGCUUAUGUAUUUUUACGUUUUAUGUCAUUUUUUGUUUAUAACUUCGGGCUCCGUUAUAUAGGUCAUAUAAAAUAAAGUACAUAAAUUUUUAAUUUUAUGUAAAAUAAACUUACAUUACCAAAAAUUACCUAUUCAAUUUAAUGAAAACACAAAAGCUAUUAUAAGCAAAAACAAGAGAAGGAACCGGCGAAGUCAGCAAUUCCCUAAACUGACUAUAAUUAUUAGAAAAUAAGGUUUAUAAUAAAUCUAUUCAAUAUGGAUGAUGCAGUUGCUGUUGUGCUUGAUAAUGGUGCCUAUACUGCUAAAGUUGGGUUAGCUACGCAAGAUGAACCAUUUCUAAUACCUAAUUGCACAAUGAAAGCAAAAGCCGAACGUAGGCGAAUAUUUGUUGGCAACCAAAUCGAUGAGUGUCGCGAUGCCUCUAGUCUUUUUUAUCAGCUUCCAUUUCAAAAAGGUUAUCUGAUGGAUUGGGAAAUAGAAAGAAUUGUGUGGGAUCAUAUAUUUAGUGCAGAUGGCACUGGUAUAUUGCUUGAAGAUCGCCCUAUUAUUAUAACCGAACCUAUGCUGAAUUUUCCUCAAAUCCAAGAAGCAAUGGUAGAAAUAUUAUUUGAGGAUUAUCAUUGUUCAGGUGUGCACAAGACUACCACAGCCGAAUUAGCAGCUUAUAACUAUGCAGCUGAAAGCGAGGAAACGCCAAUUAACUCAUUAAAUUGUAUUGUUGUAGAUGUUGGUUAUAGUUUUACUCAUGUUGUUCCUUUCGUGAAAGGGAAGAUUGUCAUGAAGGGCGUACGACGCAUGGACAUAGGUGGUAAAUCACUAACAAACCAUAUGAAGGAAUUAAUAUCUUAUCGGCAGUUAAAUAUGAUGGAUGAAACUUAUGUUGUCAAUCAGAUUAAAGAGGAUGUUUGUUUUGUUUCUCAAAAUUUUGACAUGGACAUGAAAGCAUCUAAACAAAAGAUUGGUUUAGUUGAAUAUGUAUUGCCAGAUUUUACAACUGUUAAACGUGGAUAUAUACGAGGUGGUGAAGCAAAAAAAGGAGAGAAUGGUAAUGAAAUAGAUGAAGAUGAUAAACAAAUAUUAAAAUUGUGUAACGAACGUUUUACCGUACCGGAGUUACUUUUUACACCGAUUGAUGUAGGCAUUAAGCAAGUAGGGAUACCUGAAACUAUAAUUGACUCGCUCAACUCGUGUCCUGAGGUGAUGCAUUGUGAAAUGUUAGAAAAUAUUAUAGUAAUUGGUGGUAGUUCCAACUUUAAAAAUUUUGUGCCAAGACUAAAAAAGGAUCUCCGUGCUUUAGCUACCGAUGAUUUAGAAGUUUCAUUGAUUUUUCCAGACGAUUCGACGUCUUAUGGUUGGUACGGUGGCAAAGAACUUGCAAAUAGCGGAGAUUUAAAUAUGUAUUUGCUGACACGGGAAGAAUACGAAGAAACUGGUUACACACCAAAUCGUAAAAGGAAAGAUAAUUAAUGGCAAGGUAGGAACAAAA